GAACGGAACAAAGAAUUCCUGUUUCAAGGCCAUGCAAUUAUUUAGUCCUCAAUUUCUUUAAAUUAACAGAGUUAGAACACAGAGACAAGGACAACGAUCUAUCCCUCCCUCAGACUGAAAGCUAUGUCUCAUGAUUUAUAAACUAAGAUAAUUAAAAGAAAUAAAUGUAUAUAAUCAAUUAAAAAGAUUUAGUUUUUAAACAUCCUGGCCAUGUCACCAAGACCAAGGACAUCGAACUUCUUCUUGUCUGCGAUUCAGUUUGAAAGUUGGAGGCUGUAAUUUUGUAAAUACAUAAAGUAAACUUUUUAUCAUCUUCAUUUCAGAAGGUAAUUAAACGUUUAUCAUUAAGUUAGCUCAGUAGUGCUGCCCUACCCUUUUUGUAAAUAUCAUAAGUAAAUUAUUGGUAAUCCUUAUUUCAAUAGGAAUGUAAACCUGUUUCAUGAGCUUUUUGAAUUCGUGGGCUAAACAUUUUUUCACGUGAAGUCGGGGGCCGUGCAGGAAAUCUCGAAAAAAAAAUAUAUUGAUAAAAUACCUACCUCAUUUUAAAAACUAUUCAUAUUAUUAAUACUUGUUACCCUAUGCAAAAAGAAACAAGAAUCCAAUUUUGAUAUGGGCCUUGUAAAUAAUCAUAUAUCCAAUAACAAUAUCCGCUCGUCAAUAAUCCUAUAUCCAAUAACAAUAUCCGCUCGUCAAUAAUCCUAUAUCCAAUAACAAUAUCCGCUCGUCAAUAAUCCUAUAUCAAAUAACAAUAUCCGCUCGUCAAUAAUCCUAUAUCGGCUCAUCGAGAUUAGAAAUAAAGAGCAAUACAAACCAAAGCACUUCUUUUUUACAGCUCAUAACUCCCAGGGUUCACCUAUAUAUAUCCUGAAAUUUGAACGAAAGAAAUUUAGUCGACGGUAAAUUCAAAAACGGUAAUUUGAUCGAACGGAAAUUUGGUCGAAUCGUUUUUUCAGUUUUGACUUUAAAAUUUUGCUUUAAAAUUCUUUUUGAACGCAUAAUUUUCUUUUACUAUAGAGUAUAGUGCGUUCAAAAAGAAAUUUGACAAAAAUCUUUACGUGUGUACUGAAAAAAAUUUCCGACAAAAAUUUCUGUUCGAUCAAAUAUCCGUCGAUCAAUUUACCAUCGAUGAAAUUUCUUUCGAUUAAAUUUCCAUAUAUAUAUAUUCGGUAACCAUAUAUUUAAUCUAAAUUUGUUUUGAUGGUGAGAUCAUGGAUAGAAACCUUCUCGAUGACCUAAUAUCUACACAUAAAGUUAAUUUUGGUUUCCCAAUUAAUGUUUCUAAACGAAACGUCAGAAAUUAUACCUGCUACCGCGCGAAGACUCAACUGUACAGGUAGUUGAAGGAAAAAGAACAUGGUGCUCAAUUUCUUAUCAACCCAUUAUCACGAACAGUUGCACUAGUGAUGUGCUUAACAUAAACUACAACUACCUGUCAAACAAUAACCUGAAUAUCACGUGUACAUCACUAGAAGUGAUACAUUCUUUAAAGCAGAGAAGAGUAACUUAUUAAAUGUAAACAAAAUGAUUUUUAACUUAUAUUAUUUGUUCCCAGAUCUUAUUUUCCAUCAGCAACAGGAUCUCUAGGCUAAGAGGCUUUGCUUCCAGUGACAAGGCCCUGAGUCUAAAAGGUUUUGCUUCCUGUGACAGGAUCCAGCGUCUAAAGGUUUUGCUUCCAGUGACAAGAUCCUGAGUCUAAGAGAGUUUGGUACCAUUGACAAGAUCCUGAGUCUGAGAGGCUUUGGUUACAGUAACAAGAUCCUGAGUCUAAGAGAGUUUGGUUCCAGUAACAAGAACCUGAGUCUUAGAAGUUUUGGUUCCCGUAACAAGAUUCUGAGUCUAAGAGGUUUUGCUUGAAGUGACAAGAUCCCAGUCUAAGAGAGUUUGGUUCCAGUGAGCUAAUCUUUUGCAUCCAACAAUGCAGAAAUUAACUGAACUUGUCGUUUGUCUCGUUGUGAUAUUUGCCAUCAGCAAACAAGGUGAGAGAUAAUUUAAAACUGUUAACACAAGACCGCUAUUAUCAUAGAUUUUGCUCUAACACAAAUUUUAUUUCUAAUAGAGCGAGUGUUGGUCGACCCUUUUUCAGCCCUCAUAGUAAGGAUGUGGCUUGGAAAAAAUAUAAUUUGAUGAUGUGUCAGUAAAUGUGAGCCAAGAAGUAUACCAUAAUGUCGCUGUCUGUGGUAAAAUUAGACGUGAUAAAAGUAUACGAUAAUGUGGCUGUCUGUGGUAAAAUUAGAAGUGACAAAAGUAAUCCAUAAUUUCGCUGUUUGGUAAGAUUAGAAGUGACAAAAAGCAUACCACAUUGUCUUUGGUAAAAUUAGAGGAGACAGAAAUUAAACUUAAUGUCGCUGUGUGUUAUAAAAUUUGUUAUAAAAUUUGAAGUGAGGCCCAUUGAACAAAAAUAUAUUUUAAGAUAAUUGGAUUGGAGUGAAUUAUUUUGUAUCGCUCCAUCAAAAAAAAUUUUUUUUUAAAAUUCUUUAAUUUUUCUAUUACAGGAUCAGGAUUUGCUCUACCCAGGCAAAGAGCGUUCAUAGAGCAUGUGGAUUACAACAAAAAAAGUUGUGGUUUCGGUUAUUUGGCAAAUGUUGAUUUUAUAAUUAUUACUGGCUUCAUCAACGUCUCCGACAUAGGACAUCCGCCCCAGGAAGGAGAGAUCUCUGGACUUCACUUUUCGGGGGAUGGUUAUGUUCCUGUAAAUUAAGUCAUUAUAAUCUCACAUGGUCAUCUCCUACCAAAUCUCGCAUUGUCAUAUCCUACUAAAUCUCGCAAUGUCAUCUCCUACCAAAUCUCGCAUUGUCAUCUUCUACAAAAUCUCGCAUGGUCAUUUAGAAUUAAAUUCACAUUGUCAUCUCCUAUUAAAUCUCACAUUGUCAUCUCCUAUUUAAUCUCGCAUUGUCAUCUUCUGCUAAAUCUCACAUUGUCAUCUCCUACCAAAUCUCGCAAUGUCAUCUCCUACUCAAUCUCGCAUUGUCAUCUCCUAUUAAAUCUCUGAUUGUCAUCUCCUUCUCAAUCUCGCAUUGUCAUCUCCUACUAAAUCUCACAUUGUCAUCUCCUACUAAAUCUUGCAUGGUCAUCUGCUACUAAAUCUUGCAUGGUCAUCUCCUACUAAAUCUCACAGUGUCAUCUCCUACUAAAUCUCGUAUUGUCAUCUCCUACUAAAUCUUGCAUUGUCAUCUCCUACUAAAUCUCGUAUUGUCAUCUGCUACUAAAUCUUGCAGGAUCAUCUCCUACUAAAUCUCGUAUUGUCAUCUGCUACUAAAUCUUGCAUGGUCAUCUCCUACUAAAUCUCACAGUGUCAUCUCCUAUUAAAUCUCGUAUUGUCAUCUCUAACUAAAUCUUGCAUGGUACCUCCUACUAAAUCUCGUAUUGUCAUCUGCUACUAAAUCUCGUAUUGUCAUCUCCUACUAAGUUUCACAUUGUCAUCUCCUAUUAAAUCUCAAAUUGUCAUCUCCUAAUCAAUCUCACAUUGACAUCUCCUACUAAAUCUCACAUUGUCAUCUCCUACUAAAUCUCACAUUGUCAUCUCCUACUAAAUCUCACAUUGUCAUCUCCUAUUAAAUCUCUGCUUAUCAUCUCCUACUCAAUCUCACAUUGUCAUCUCCUACUAAAUCUCUGAUUAUCAUCUCCUACUCAAUCUCACAAUGCCAUCUCCUAUUAAAUCUCUGAUUGUCAUCUUCUACUAAUUCUUGCAUUGUCAUCUCCUGCUAAAUCUCACAUUGUCAUCUCCUACUAAAUCUCACAUUGUCAUCUCCUAUUAAAUCUCACAUUGUCAUCUCCUACUAAAUCUCACAUUGUCAUCUCCUACUAAAUCUCACAUUAUCAUCUCCUACUAAAUCUCACAUUGUCAUCUUCUACUAAAUCUCACAUUGUCAUCUCCUACUAAAUCUCACAUUGUCAUCUCCUAUUAAAUCUCUGAUUAUCAUCUCCUACUCAAUCUCACAUUGUCAUCUCCUAUUAAAUCUCUGAUUAUCAUCUCCUACUAAAUCUCCCAUUGUCAUCUCCUACUAAAUCUCACAUUGUCAUCUCCUACUAAAUCUCUGAUUAUCAUCUCCUGCUAAAUCUCACAUUGGCAUCUCCUAUUAAAUCUCUGAUUAUCAUCUCCUACUCAAUCUCACAUUGUCAUCUCCCAUUAAAUCUCUGAUUAUCAUCUCCUACUCAAUCUCACAUUGUCAUCUCCUAUUAAAUCUCUGAUUAUCAUCUCCUACUCAAUCUCACAUUGUCAUCUCCUAUUAAAUCUCUGAUUAUCAUCUCCUACUAAAUCUCCCAUUGUCAUCUCCUACUAAAUCUCACAUUGUCAUCUCCUACUAAAUCUCUGAUUAUCAUCUCCUGCUAAAUCUCACAUUGGCAUCUCCUAUUAAAUCUCUGAUUAUCAUCUCCUACUCAAUCUCACAUUGUCAUCUCCCAUUAAAUCUCUGAUUAUCAUCUCCUACUCAAUCUCACAUUGUCAUCUCCUAUUAAAUCUCUGAUUAUCAUCUCCUACUCAAUCUCACAUUGUCAUCUCCUAUUAAAUCUCUGAUUAUCAUCUCCUACUAAAUCUCCCAUUGUCAUCUCCUACUAAAUCUCACAUUGUCAUCUCCUACUAAAUCUCACAUUGUCAUCUCCUUCUAAAUCUCACAUUGUCAUCUCCCACUUAAUCUCGUAUUGUCAUCUCCUACUAAAUCUCACAUUGUCAUCUCCUGCUAAAUCUCACAUUGUCAUCUCCUAUUAAAUCUCUGAUUAUCAUCUCCUACUCAAUCUCACAUUGUCGUCUCCUAGUAAAUCUCUGAUUGUCAUCUUCUACUCAAUCUUGCAUUGUCAUCUCCUACUAAAUCUCACAAUGUCAUCUCCUUCUAAAUCUCACAUUGUCAUCUCCUACUAAAUCUCACAUUGUCAUCUCCUACUAAAUCUCACAUUGUCAUCUUCUACUAAAUCUCACAUUGUCAUCUCCUACUUAAUCUCGUAUUUUCAUCUGCUAUUAAAUCUUGCAUUGUCAUCUCCUACUUAAUCUCGUAUUGUCAUCUUCUAUUAAAUCUCACAUUGUCAUCUCCUACUUAAUCUCGUAUUGUCAUCUCCUACUAAAUCUUGCAUGGUCAUCUCCUACUAAAUCUCGUAUUGUCAUCUGCUACUAAAUUUCGCAUUGUCAUCUCCUACUAUCUCACGAAUUGUCAACUUUCGGGUUUUCCAUUUUACUUAUCUCCUUUCAGAAGCAGCGUCUGACUUUUAGAAGUCCUCUGCCACAUUUCGGUUUCCUGCAAUCCCACCCCAUAUAUCUGCAUUUAAAAAUAAAUUUGUUUUUUCUCAAAUAAUUACAAUCUUUGGUCCAAUGAAAAGAACGAGACCCAUUACAGUCGCAAGGAUGCAAGCCCCCCACUUGACGCCCCUGUUUCCGACUCACUUGUUUAUUUUAAUACUUACCAACAAUUUAAACAGUGGGUGUUUCUUUUAUAAAUAACAUAGGGCGCCCGGGCAAAACCUGGAUUUAGCAAGGACGGAAAUGUUCGACAAGGUUUGAGAACCACCUUUGUUAACAGUUCGAAUUCAUUUUGGCCCGGAAUAAACUUUACAAGUCUUACGUUUACAAAUUACGAUUAAAAUGUUUUUAAUCCAUUGUUCCCAUUUGCAUUUCUUGUAUUUUGUCCUCCUCAUGAACACAACCUUUGGAUUGCUCUCAAGUCGAACUGUUGCUGGGAUUGUUUCCUCUUUAUUCUGAUCAUCACACCAGUGGUUAAAAUGCGGGGGAAAAAAUGGAACAAAAUUCAUUCACAUAGAUUUCAUCAUUAGGAAAUAAAGCACGUUUUAUUACUAGUAUUAUUAUCCUUUUAUUAUCAACAUUUUAUUAUUAUCACUUUAUUUUGAUUACUUUAUUAUCAUCAUUUUAUUGUUAUCAUUUCAUUAUUAUUAUCAAUGCCAUAUGAAAAUUUAACAAAGGCUUACUUAAUAUCACUUUCCAGAUUCCGGGUACAAUAUCAGAUCUGAGGAAAGUAGCCUGCGCUCAGGUACAGCAACUGCCUCCGAGUUCCUGCCGAUGUCUAGCGCGGGACGACAAGAUCAUUCGUGUCAAGUGCAACAUAACAAUGAGAGAUUAUUAUUCCUUCAGGCAUUUAAAGAUAGCUUAUCAUUCGUAUCGUUAUUUUGACAGUGGCAUUACAGAGCUGCUUCCUAAUGUUUACAGUAAGUGGCAUUAACCUCAAGUAUUUUUUUUUUCAACAUUAUUAUUAUUAAAAUUGCAUUGCUUGAAAACUACCAGGCUUGUUGGGGUCACUACGGUGAUUCAACGGUCUUUGUAAAAAAAAAAAAGUGCAAAGAGUGCAAGUUUGAGCUGUGUCAAAGCCUGUGUCUUGAGCAAUUUAAAUGUGUACCGCCCUACCAUUACUCACACUUCCCUUGAUUGUGAAAGGUUUUUGAAUGUGAAAUGGCUAUUUAUUUUAUAGCUUGUUCUAAGGAAAGGAUCAUGUCAUCCAAUUCCUAGAAUUUCUUCCCUGGAGAUAUCUAACACCCUACCUGUCAAUAAGGCGUCGGUUUUUACAACUGGAAGCGAUUUGCUAAAUUUCUUAGACACAAGACAUCUUAAUAUACUUAUAAGAGCCUUUAAAGGUUAUAUAUUUAUUUUUCUUUAAAUCCCUCAAGGACUUUUCUUUUUCCUUGCUUCGCUGACGGUAAGAUAAAUGAAAUAUUUUCUAUGGAAAUUUUAUUUUGCAUUAUUACAACUAAUCAUUCAAUAGUUUAAUUAAAUUCAAUAUUUUAAUAUCCAUGGAUUUGGUUUAGUCUUUAGAUUUCAUACAGGUUUCAAGUCUUUUAUUACGUAUGGCUCAUAAACGAUUCUUCGGAUCUUUGCUAUAAUCCACUCAGUUCCUGGUAUGGUUGCUAUAAUCCACUCAGGUCCUGUGAUCAUUGCUAUAAUCCACUCAGGUCCUGUGAUCAUUGCUAUAAUCCACUCAGGUCCUGUGAUCAUUGCUAUAAUCCACUCGGUUCACGUUAUAGUUGCUAAAAUCCACUAACUUCCUUUGAUCGGUGCUAUAAUUCACUCAGCUCCUGUAAUUGUUGCUAUAAUCCACUCAGUUCCUGUGAUCAUAUCUAAAGUCCACUCAGUCCCUGUGAUCGGUGCUGUAAGCCAUUCAUUUCCUCUGAUUCUUGCUAUAAUCCACUCAGUACAUGUUAUCAUUGCUAUAAUCAACUGUGAUAGUUGCAGUAAUUAAAUCAGUCCCUUUGAUAGUUGCUAUAAUUCACUCUUCCUGUGAUCGUUGCUAUAAUUGUAACCAUCCAUUUAAUUGCUGCUAUAAUCCAUUCACACAGCAAUCGUCUCAAUAAUCCACUUAAUCUCAGCGACUGUUGCUAUUAUGCACUAACUUGUAAUCUUUGCUAUAAUCCAUUAAGUCACAGUGAACAUUACUAUCAAUGAAACUUUGAUCGUUGCUAAAUUCCACUCACGCUGUGAUCGCUGCUAUAAUCGCUCAGCUCCUGUGAUCUUUGCUAUAAUCCAAUAGUUCCUUUUUAUCGUUGCUAUAAUCCACACAGCCCCUUUUAUAGCUGCUAUAAUCCACUAAUUCAUCGUGAUCGUUGUUAUAAUAUUCUCAGUCUCUGUGAUAUCAGCUAUAAUCCACUCAGUUCCUGUAAUGGUUGAUAAAAUCCACCCUGUGAUCGCUGCUAUAAUUCACCGAUUCCCUUUGAUCGUAUCUAUAAACCAUUCUAUCACGGUGAUUUUUACUAUAAUCCACUCUGUCUCUGUGAUCAUGUUUCUAACACCAUUGAUAAUUAUUGUAUCCGUUUGUUAAAAAAAACGCAUACCCAACUCUUCUUCGUAUGUCCUAAGCUUGACUAUACAUAAGCCAUUCAACAUCUUCUGAACAAUGAAUUCUGUAACUGUCCUGGCGUCCCCAACAGUUCGUAGCGAGGGUGUUUGGCGCCAGGGGACAAGAUUCGCGCCCGGGGACAAGAUCCAUUUUUAGCGCCCCUUUAUCUUUUUUUUUCAACUCUCAAACCCAUUAUUUUCAUAAAUAAAAUAUUAAUCAAAGCACAUUUUAGCACCCUUAACUAGCUGGCGCCCGGGGACAUCUGUCCCCCCUGCCCCCAACACGCUACGCCUCUGGUCCCCAACGUCCAGGAAACAUGCUUGAUAUUGUCUCUGAAAUCAGCGUGCAAAGCCGAUACAUCGGGUCCUGUUUCCGUCAAUUUUUUUUUUAAAAGUAAGAGUUAGUUUGGCAGUGCUCUCUUCGUAUUUGGGAAACCAGGAUCUAGUGUCCGUGUAGCAGUUUCUACCACGUGUCUAUUCUGUUUUAGGUUCUGGCACUUUACCCUGUUAUCGUCGGGCAUUCGUGCCGUCUGUACAUUGUCCGUGACUUGUGUUUCUGUUUGGGACUUGGCUGCCUCGGUUUAUGGCCAAUGAGUUACCAUGUCUUUUAUUGUACCAAUCUAAAUGGGUUGUCUGUGCUUCAUACUUCAAAUCUCUAGAGCAAAUCUUUAAUCGGAGAAAAUUAUGACUUCUAGUCCCAUUAUUUCUCACUCCUAUAGCAUAGUGUGCACACUUUCCCGUGCCCGGUGUAUAUAGCCUCUAGCACCAAGUAUUUAUUCGACUCUGAGAGAACCUCGUUUUGUGACUUUCCAAUCAAUAUAAGAUGGCUUUUUUCAGAUUAAUAUUACUUUCCAAUUUUGUCCAGGGAACCCUUUCCGGUUAAGACAGCCCCCAAAUGGCUAUUCAUUACAAAUAUUAAAUAAUUCAACGGUAAUAUGAGUUUUGCUUACAUAUACUUUGAUAGUAAAAUUAAUAUUAAAUUCCUAAUACUUUUUUAAGGUGAUACUUUUUGCGGAAAGAGGAGGUGGGCAUGUUCAACAAAUGAAGGCAAGCAAUAAUUUUUUUUUAACUCAGCUUAAUGUAAGACCAGUGUUUCCCGACAUGUUCAUGGUUUUUGGGAGGGGGGGGGGGGGGUGGUGGAAGGCCGGCAGUAAAAAUUAGUAUUUUAUUUUUCAAUUUAAUCUGAUAAUAUGUGACAAUUUUUGUAUAACACAAAUACAAUUUAUUCUUUCUUCAUUUCAAUUAUGAAUAAAUAGUUUAUUUUUUUAAAGUUUAGAUGUAAGAUAAACAAGCACAAAGUUUUUUUCUUUCAAUGGGAAAGGGGCUUAGAGUCUAGUUAAAUUUUAAAAAUGAAAUAUAGCAUACGACAACAGCGACACUGAAAGGAGUAAAUGUUAAUGGAAGACAGAAAAGGGGGGGGGGGCGCAUCAAAUCAGGUUGUCAUUGUGGCUUUUUGCACCGAAACAAAGUGCGAACAGAUCAGUGUGCAUAAGUCAGGUUGCUAUCAUGGCUGUUCGCACCAGAUCAAGCUGCGAACAGAGCUUUUGCAUCAAGUCACUAUGCCAACAGAUGCCAUUUCCAACAGUUCCGGACGUCACAAGGAGGGGCAGUGUCCAAUUAUAGCCAUUGUGAAUGUUGUAUAGGUGGCAUCAAACCUAUUGACUCUUUUCCAAUACCGUAGGAUUAUUGCCAUAAAUUAACUCACGUUUAAUUUAUGUCCCUGAAAUUCGAUUAAAUUACAAAGAUCCAUCUCUUACCUAACUUUUUUUAACAGAUAUGGGUGACUUAAAAAACAUUUCAAAACUACUUAAUUUUAAUUCUUAAAUAAGAAAUCCUUUCUAAAUAUUGUUUUCAAUGCUUUUUACAGGAUCUAGUCUACUUGGAGGCGGAUAUGUGAUGUCUGGUAAGUUAUAAAUGAUUAUAAUGUAGUCUUUUUGGAUGACGCUAUGCUAUGUCUGGUAAGUUUUAUAAAAUUACCCUGUGUACUUGGAUGCGUCUAUGGGAUAUCUAGGAAAGUUAAACCAAAUUAUCUAGUCUACUUGGAGGUUGCUAUGCUAUGUCUGUUAAUUUAUUCAUACAUUAUCUAUUCUACUUGGAGGUGGCUGUGUUAUGCCUUUUAAGUUAUAUAUAAAUUAUCUAGUCUAAUCGAGAUGAUAUGCUAUGUCUGGUUCAGUUAUAUUGAAUUUAUAUUGUCUACGAGCAGGCGGAUAUGUUUCGUAUGGUAAGUUGUAUACAUAAAUACUCAUCAUUCUUGCAAAGUUCAUUGCACGUGUCGGCAGCGUCUACAACUACUUAGGAGAGUUGAGGGAUGGGGGGAAUGUGGAAGUAUGGUGUUGGAAAAUGUAACAGGAAAGGCCUACUGCUACUUCAGACCUGUGUUGAAUAUUGCCUUCUAAUCACAGACAUACCUAUCAGGCUCUCUACGCGCAACAGGACCACCUGGAUGUCCACCCGUCACUUAACAGAUUAUGCCAUCGUCAGAAACUGGGACCUGCAGGAUUUAACAGUGACUAAGGCCAUUUGCUGUGCAGAAUGCUAAACUGACCACCGCCUAAUCGCUUCAAAUAUGAACAUUCACAUCCAACCCAAGAGAUGACCUCAGGCCACCAACGCUCAAAAAACGCCUCAGAAUCAGUAGGCUAAAGAUCUCUGAUGUGAGACAAACCAUUGUUGGCACCCUGGAUGAAUGGCUUGGUACCUUCAUACUGGCCAACCAGUUCGCGGAAGCAGUGUGGACCACACUUCGUAUAGCAAAGUCGUUAAGUGCCUCAGACCCUCUACCAGGAAACACAAGCAAUUGGUUUGAUGAAAACAACACAGCGAUCCAAAUGCUACUUGAGCAAAAAGGUUUGUUGUACAAAUUCCUCAAUAAUGACACAAUAACAACAACUAAAACGGCUGCAUUGAGGAUUAUCCACAGCAAGAUCCAGUUGCAAUUGUGUCAGAUGCAAGAGUCCUAGCUGAGUGCGAAAGCUGAUGAGAUUCAGGGCAAGAAUGACACGAAAAACGUCUACCGUGACUUGAGAGAAUCUUAUGGCGUUAAAACCUCAGGCGAUUCCCCUCUCCUUAGUGCAGACGGUUAUACACAUCAUGACAGACAAGGAGUGAAACUUGGAAAAAUGGGUGGAACAAUUUGAUAAUGUGCUAAAUACACUUUCCAUCAUUAUAAAAUGCCCCGGUUCCCAUCGAGCAAGUCUAUUUGACUCUGUCAAAACUUAGGUCGAGAUUCAGACAACCAUCCGCAAAACACCUGGCCCCGACAUGAUUCCUGCCAAAAUCUACAAAGAGGGUGGAACACCUCUGACUUAUAAGCUUUUGCAACUAUUCCAGAUCACCAGGGAAAUGGAAACUGUAUCAUAGGACCUCAAAGAUGUCCCAAUUAUCCACAUGUACAAAUAGAAAGAAACCGUCAGGCUUGCGACAAUCACCGCGGCAUAUCGCUGCUAUCCAUCAUGUGCAAGAUCUUGGCUCAAGCGUUUUUGAACCGCUUGAAUGCAAAUCUAAAGAUAGAUCUCCAAAACGAAAGUCAAUGCAGUUUCCACAAAGAACGUGGAACUAUCGAUAUGGAUUUUGCUGCCAGGCAGCUUAAAGGGCAUUGUCAGGCGCUAAAUACGUAUCUAAAUUCCACAUAUAUUGAUCUUAAUAAAGCUUUUGACAGGGUCAAUAGAGGUUAACUGUGCAAAAUCAGGAAGAAGUACGGAUGCCAGACAAGUUCACUAAAUUCAUCCUUCAAAUGCAUGAUAGCAUGAUGGCCCGAGGGCUGGGCAACGGCAAUUCUUCUGAAGCAUUCCCUUUCACAAACGGUGUGAAACAGGGCUGUGCCCUGGAUUCCAGACACUUCAUUGUUAUGUAUUCUGCAAUGCUAUCUGAUGCGUUCAAGGACUCCACUAAUAGAAAACUUCUGAGAGUCAUCUAGACUCGCAUGUUCUACACUCUCUUAGCUUUGACUAGAAAAUUUCUGAGAGUCAUCUAGACUCGCAUGUUCUACACUCUCUUAGCCUUGACUAGAAAACUUCUGAGAGUCAUCUAGACUCGCAUGUUCUAUACUAUCUUAGCUUUGACUAGAAAACAUCUGACAGACAUCUCGACUCGCAUGUUCUACCCUCUCUUAGCUUUGACUAGAAAACUUCUGAGAGUCAUCUAGACUCGCAUGUUCUACACUCUCUUAGCUUUGACUAGAAAACUUCUGAGAGUCAUCUAGACUCGCAUGUUCUACACUCUCUUAGCUUUUUCUUAGCUUUGACUAGAAAACUUCUGAGAGUCAUCUAGACUCGCAUGUUCUACACUCUCUUAGCUUUGACUAGAAAACUUCUGAGAGUCAUCUAGACUCGCAUGUUCUACACUCUCUUAGCUUUGACAAGAAAACUUCUGAUAAACAUCUUGACUCGCACGUUGUUCACUUUCUCACUUUUGACAAGAAAACUUUUGAUAGAAAUCUCGACUUGCACGUUCUACAAAUUCUUGACUUUGACUAUACCAUUUCUGAUAGACAUCUGUUUAUAAAAAGUCCUUUCAACUUUUUUUCGUUAUUAUUUACUUUGCCCAUGUCCAGUCAGGCAUUCUAUACAAUGCAUAGGCAGUUGGUUUUAAUGUCAUCAUGUAAUUCACAUUGUGGAAUGCAAUUCAUCUUAGAUAAGGCAAACUCUUGAAAUUAAAUCAAAACCUGGAGUUAGAGUCCAGUAGGUCGUUUAACUCAAUGAAAAUUCCGACAACUUCUGAAACGUAGAACGAAUAAAGUGCACAGGUCAUCUAUUGCCUCCUGUACUAUUUCCAGUCAUCCUGACUAAAAUUAAGCCAUCGGAACAAAUAGUGAAGGAAGACAGCGUGACACUGGCGAAUUGAGCAGCACAAGUCAAUGCUACUACUCAAGUUGAAGCAUUGGUUAUCUUCGAAUUCCAAGAAGGAACUAUAUUUAUGUAUAUUUCAUAACCUGACCGGCAUUACCAGACACUCUAUAGAAUGCCUAAGCAACAUGUUUACUUUCUCAUAUUAUUCACACCUUGACCAGUGUGAAUAGACAUUGCAUUGAAUUCCUGCAUUACAAGCUUCGUCUGUAAUAUGUACAUUUGGCAAAAUGUUUGCCUGUGGCAAUAGACACUUUCUCAACCCAAGGGACAAUACAAUAGAUUCCCGGUUUCAAAAGAAUAAAAAAUGUUUUGCUUCUUAAUGUUCAUUAAACUCUCUUAUUUUUAUACAAACGUUUUCAACCGUUUCCCAAUUCCACAGGUAUCGCCAUCAUCUUCACUGCUUUGUUCUUCACCGUCCCUUCGCUGUUUCCCUAUGGCCAAUGACAUCAACCACAUCGGAUGAAGCCUUGAAACUAAACGCUUAAAAACAUCAACAACAAAAAAAAAAAAAAAACACAAAAA